AUGUCAGCUCGUCCCAACUCCUGGCCAAUCCGCCAUCAUACUCUGCUUCCAGCUCUUCUGUCUUCGAUUGCUGACCAGUACCCUUCUCUUUAUUAUGCCUGGUUUCCGCGUGAUCCCGAUGAUAUAUCGAAAGGAUAUCGCAGGUUCACAUUUGCAGAGGUAGCUAAUGCCGUCAAUGCGUUUGCGUGGUGGAUCGACCAAAACGUAGGGAAGCUAGCAGAGGAGCAAAAGAAUGGAAAUAAGACAUUGGUAUACAUGGGGCCAAACGAUAUCCGGUAUGCAGUGUUAUGUCUAGGGAGUGUAGUUGCUGGAUACAAAAUGCUCUUCCCUUCGCCACGGUAUGGAUCUGAAGCCUUGGGAAAGUUGAUCGAAACCAUAGAUGCGAAAGUCCUGCUGAGCCCCGAGACGCCGUAUCCUGUCGAAGCAGAGAUCUUAGAGAAGAGCAAAGGUGGGAUAACAAAACUUCAAGCACCAAGUGUGGAUCAGCUGUUCGCAGAGAGAGUAGCAGCAUAUCCUUUUACCAAGACGUUUGCGACUUGUAAAGACGAGCCUGCGAUAUGUGUACAUACAUCCGGCACAACGGGAUUUCCUAAGCCAGUACUGUGGACACACGACUGGAUUGCAAGUCAAUCGCAGACACUCAACCUCCCAUUACCAGCCGGUUUUACCCGUCAUGACUAUCAUAUACGCUACCAAAAUGAUCAGCGAGGGCGAUUACUGGUGACUGGUCCUCCCUUUCAUGCAAGCGGAAUCUUUAAUAUGGUUCUGUACCCUUUGCUAUUGGGCACAAAACCCAUCUAUUCGCAACCGGGAGCAACACCAGAAGCAAACGUGGAUCGUACCAUAGCGGCUCUAGAAUUUCUGCACACAGAGAGAACAGUUACGAGCGGAAGUGCGACUGAGACAUCGCAGAAGGUGGUAGAUUGUGUGUCGGUGAUGCCGACGUUUAUAGAGUAUGUGGCCAAGCACCCUGCGAAACUCGAUCAGAUUGUCCAAAGGAGCCACUCGUUGCGAUAUGGCGGCGGAAGUGUAUCUCGCACAGCUGGCGACAUCAUAGUAGACAGAACACAUCUAGUCUGUGGAAUUGGGUCCACCGAGCAAGGCAUUUGGCCCACCAUCCUGCGAACCGACGAUGAUAUGAAACUUGAUGGAAGAUGGGAAUAUGUGACUCCCCACCCGGCACUUAACUUGCAAUUCCGCCCUGUUUCCGAGGAUGCUGGUCAAACAGUGUACGAAGCCGUUAUGGUGCGAAACAACGGUGAGGACUUGGAUGGAUAUGUGCAACCUUUGUUCAGAUGCUUUCCUGACCUCCAGGAGAAAAGCAUGGGCGACCUAUUCCUAAGAUCUCAAAAAUCUCCGGAUAUGUGGAAACAUCACGGCCGUACAGACGACCUGCUGGUCUUCCUCUCCAACGAAAAGUUCUUCCCUACUGUCGCUGAACAGCGUAUUGCGUCGCACCCUGGUAUCGCUGAAGCUCUGAUUGUAGGGACACGUCGGCCGAAAGCUUCGCUGAUCGUCAGGCUGGAGGAAGGAUUCAAGCUGGAUGAUGUAUGGGAAAGAAUUGAGGAAGUCAACGUGGACUCACCGCUUUACGCACGGGUUACCAAAGACAUGGUUAUCGUUGCGCAAGAGCCUUUCCUGAAGACGGCAAAAGGGAGUGUCAGAAAGGUUGAUAUGCUGGGAAAGUAUUCGAAAGAGUUGGACAAAUUGUACGGUGAAGGAUUCUGA